CUUAAUCGCCCGAAGGCCCGAUCGGCUUCGAAGUUCCUACUUCCAAGCUUUUUUAGUUUUUCUAAUCCGCUAUGAGUGGUCUGGUGGCUGGUGCGAAGGGUUGGCUAUAUAUUUCAUCGAAGAAGCCGCAAUAGGUUCAGGAACUCGUUUGCCUUGAACGACCUCUCCCCGUCCUGGCUUCCUUGAAUGAUAUUGAUCUCGAUUUCGUCGCCGUCAACGGUAGCGAAGGUGUCGGUGUCGCAACAACAGUCUCCACCCUCACCUCAUCCGGCUCGAUCCCCUGGCGCCCGGGGGGGGGGGGAGAAAGUGUAGGAGGGAGGUUUUAGACAAAGAGGAGGGACAGUCUAAGUGGGAUUGGCGCGUCCUUUGAAGCCGUUGGAUCAUAUUGACGGUCAGGGUCUUGGCAGUAGAGGGCUGCGUAUAUCUUGGCUGAAGAGUAUUCUUUGCAGUAUGAACAUGCAUCUCCAAAAAGCUGGUCACAGAAUCUACAUGCCUCUCUGACUCCAUAAUUUCACGAACAAGUUGAAGCUCAUAGGGUUUUCAUUUUCUGACCUGCAAAAACACUGCACGCACUGAUAAUUUGAUUCAUAUUAGAGAGAGAGAGAGGAAGAGAGAGGAUAUGACUUCCCUUCCCGAGAACGAGAAUCCAUCACCUAACAUGUACAUUUCGGAGGAAUGGUCUGAAGCUGUUGACUCCAUUGCAUACGAUUCAUCGACUUCGCCCCCUCCUAUUGCUUUUAUAUGCGGUCCCAAGAAUUGCGGCAAGACCACCUUUUCCCGCUAUCUUCUCAAUGUGCUACUGCAGAGAUACAGGAAAGUAGCCUAUCUAGAUACAGAUGUUGGGCAGCCUGAGUUUACUCCGCCUGGUUUUCUUUCACUGACCGUAAUUGAUGAAGUGACUCCAGAUAUGACGAUCCCAUGCCUAAAGACUCCAGAGAGGUGCCUUUUCUUUGGUGAUACUUCUUCUAAAAGUGCACCAUUUACAUACUUGAAUUAUGCAUUUUCCAUCUAUGAUUAUUAUCAGAAGGAAUACCGCAUGUUUGAUAAGGGAGAAAAUCCUCCAAAGAAUGAGUUGCCUCUUAUUGUGAAUACUCCAGGCUGGGUGAAAGGUGCUGGUUAUGACUUGUUAGUGAGUGUGUUGAAAUAUAUUGCUCCAACACAUGUCGUUAAAAUAAACAUCUCUGCUGAAAAUAAGAAUCUACCUGCUGGAGCAUUCUGGUUAGAUGGGGAACAUGAUGAGAGAGUCAACUUAAUUGAGAUAAAUUCGGCUCGUCGGGAUUCAUUAAAUAAUUCGGUGCUUAUUCAGAAGGACGCACAUCUCUUGCGAGAUACACGAAUAUUGGGUUAUUUCAGACAGUGCUUUCCUAGCAAUUGCAAUAUUUCUACAAUCAAGGAACUUGCUCGUGCUUUGGCGUCUCACCGUCCUUUUGAAGUUCCCAUUGCAAGCAUUAAGAUUCAACAUCUUCAAUUCAUGGUUUCAAGCUCUGAAUCAUUCUACAGUUUGAAUGCUAGCAUUGUUGGCUUAGCAGUUGAUUCUGAGGAUUCUGGAAAAUUUCCUUGGUGUGUUGGUCUUGGAAUUGUGAGAGGCAUUGACGUGUUUAAAGGCGUGCUCUAUGUGAUUACACCUGUGCCACAGAGUUCUCUAGAAAAAGUCAACCUCUUACAACAGGGUCAUAUUCAAAUUCCUACUUGUUUAUUGCAGGUAAGAGAUCCUCUCCUAUACUUCUACUUCCUUGACGAUAUGGUUUGCUACAAUCAUGAGCAAAGGUCCAAGGAUGCAUAUCACCUUACAUGACUACAAAUGCUUUAACCACUAGCUAAGCUCAUAGUUGUUUUCCUUCGGAAGAUUUUUCUUUUUGCCCCCUCAAUUGUGGAGAUAAGCAUCUUUUUGACUAAAUAGAGGGACCGGAGGGUGAUAAUGAAGUGUACAACGUUUAAUUUAUUUUAUUAUCCUUCUUUUCGUCUGUUUCAGGUUAUUUGUUUUACAGAUAACAUGAAUGUGUAGUAAAAAGGUGAAUAGAGACUUAUUCCAGGAAUUUCUAAAUUUGGUUUGACUGUAAGUUGUCAUAUAUUUUACUUUGACCGUAUAAUAGUGGAGGAGAUGUUGUUCUUAUUAACUGUAUUAACUAUAAUAUAUGUAAUACGGUAAAUCUCGUCCUUUCGUUUCAUUGAGAA